AUGGACAACAGUGAGGCAUUUUGGAUGGACCAGACGGAUAGUUUUCCUCCGAGACUACUCGCCAUUUUCUUCAGCCUGUUUGAUCCUUUACAGGGUCCAUGGGUAGCUAUUGAGUCUCCCCCCGGCUCUGUUACGGAAUCUGAUGGCAGCGAAGGAAAAGAGCUGCUAGUUCCCUUUGAUUCAAUUUCCGAGUAUGUGAUUCCCAAGCCCGAAAUCUGCAACAAAACGAUAACAGUAGCUACGGGGGGCUACCGCAUCAUUGGGCACCCGGUGUCCUUAGUCGGUAAUCAUUACGAGCGAAAUGCUCUUAUUUUCAAUAUGUGCAUGAUUUUCCAUGAAGACGAGAACGUAAGCAGCUAUAUUCCUAUUGUGAAACGCCUGUCUCGCAAUCUUAAGGUGCUCGAACAACAAAAUCAGUAUGUGUCCGACCUUUCCAAGCGGCCAAUUAUCAUGAGUGUGAUGGAACAAUUGCUGGAAGAUUUAAACAAUUUCAGCGAAUGCAUGAUUCAAUUAGAUCCACAAAAUUCUAUCAACAUUAAACUCUUUCCUGUUUUUCCCUCUCCCCCGACUGUAAAGGGCUUUCACGUUCCCAUCCUCACUGUCCAACUUGAUACUCUUAUGGACAAGAACUGGGAUAUGACAAUCCAAAAGGUUUACCCUUUCAUUAAUGGAAUUAAUUCGGUACAGCGUGUUGCAGAACUAGCUAACGUUAGUUUUAAUAACUGCUGUCGCUGCAUGGAACAUUUAAUGUAUUACGGUUGUCUGAUUAUCACCGAUAUAUUUCAGUUUCACAACAUCUAUGCAAUGACAACGAACGUUCCCAACUUAAUGCAAGAUCCUAACUUCCAAAAGGAGUGCGUUUCGUAUGUUGUUUCAGGCAAUAGUGCGCGAGUAGCUUCCACAACGUUUUCCCAAAUCUUCUCCUUAUAUACCUCCUUAAGACAUGGCGUACGGGUGAAGGAUUGGAUGAGUGAAAACAGAGAAAAGUUCCAUGGGCUCGAUGUCCGGCGGCUCAUUUCGUUUGGAAUCAUCAAGGGCUUCGUGUACCGUGUUCACAAAUACCCUAUCCUUGGUAAGCAAGUUAAUACGGCAGCAUUAACGCCUGAAGAAAGCAAACUCGCUUCACUCCUUGAUGGACAACAUCAUUUUGAUGAGAUUUGUGUUACUAUGAAAAAAGGUCCGAAGGAAAUUGACUUAAUGCUUAGUAAACUGGGGGACACGGCUUACAUUUAUCAUUAA